AUGCCGGCAACGGUUGACCCCCACGACUAUCCCUGGAAUUUGACGGCCGCUACCGUUGACCACAUUUGGCCCCCGGAAUGGCUGAACUCAAAGACCAAUCCGAGUGUCUUUUGGCCGCUCAGACACGAAGUGCUGUAUAUUAUUAAUAGCGAUAUUAGUAUUGACGGCACGACUUCCCUGUUGUGGGCAAACAUUGGAUCCAUUGAUUGGUAUCACAAUAUGAACAGACAGUCCAUUAGUCUAUUGGAAGUGCACUUCAUUAGUAUGUUUUACGACAAAGGGUCAGUCUAUGCUAUCGGCGACCGACCACUCGAUGGCGACUACAAGAUAUACAUCUAUGUCCUCACGAUUGACAGCGCAGGCGAUCGGCAAAUGAGUGAUACCAAUGUGAAUUUGAAAGACUAUUUUCUAAACGACAACAAAAGCAAAGCCGAGACACAGUUCUUCCGAUUCCUCUUCACUAAUGACUCCUCUAUUGUAAUAGGAGUGAGUGAUGGCAUUCACACUGUCAUCGGAAACUACCCUAACGUCACGGAUAGUGACUGCGGAGUGGGUUGGGAAUCGAGGCUUUUGAACGACAAGUGCUUCACUUAUCACAAAACCUCAGGACUCAGUCGUAUAGCCAAUGGUAGGGAUACCAAAGCGGGGGAGACAUCAUAUGCCGCUUAUAUAGAAAUCUUACUGUAUUCACCUAGUAAUCAUUGCAACGCGUCGAUAUACACGUGUCCGUUCACAUUCAAUAUACGUAUCGGUGUUGUGGACAGGAACUCAACGCGUGGGCACAACUGCGGCGCCGCGCGGGUAUACCCGCACCCGGACUACAACCAUGUUUUGGCUAAAACAACGCCUGAUAUCGCACUCAUCCGCGUAAACACUUCCAUACCAUUUACCGAUCGACUGGCCAUUACUAACGCAUGUCUGCCGGCCAGAGGUUUGGUCAACACGGGGUCGGAGUACGCGCUGACCACCGGAUGGGGUAAUAAAGGUGGGGGCCGUCUGUCGCCCACAAUACGUCAAAUGGGUUGGGUUCGCAUUGUGCCGCCCGACCCAAACCUAUUUCCCACUAAUCAAACGCAUGUUAUAUACGGCCACAUU